ACUGGAUCUCCUUCAACCAACACUAUAAAACCAGCUUCAUACUGAGAGACAGAGAGAGAAAGAGAGAGCAAGACCACAGCACACAACUGCUCAACACACACAUCAGAACAUCCUCACUACACUCACCAGAUGCAGUUUGGAAAGGAGUUAGUGAGGCGAAACAGCUUCUACAAAUGUGUGAUAAACGAGGACGAAAUGGAGGAGUGUGCAGAUGUCUUUGAGUUGGCUUUCAAAGGAAAGGCUUCUGCGAUUGAUCGUCUGAUCCAGAAAGGUCCAGAACACCUAAGCCUCAGGGAUGAGAACGGAGCCAGUCCACUGCACUAUGCUUCAGCUGGAGGAAACCUGGACAUCAUUCGGCUCAUUGUUUCCAUUGUGGGCCCUGAGGUGCUGAAUGUGCAGGAUGAGCAAGGCCGAACUCCUCUGCACUGGGCUGUGGAGCAGGAUCAACAACAGAGCUGCGCUGUACUGCUGGAUCUGGGUGCUGACCCCAACAUCCUCAACAAUGCCCUGAUGGGCCCUCUGCACCUAGCUGUCACAAAACAAUACAAUCAUCUAGCAGAGGUCCUUCUGUCUUGUGACAAAACCAAUAGCAAUCUGGAGGGGGAUCUGGGAAACACCCCUGUCAUGCUGGCCUGCUGCAAUAACAACUGCCAAGCACUCCAGAUCCUGAUCAAGCAUGGUGCCAAGAUGUGUAUUCAGAACAAACUUGGCCACUAUCCCAUUCAUACGGUUGCUUUCGCAGGUGCCAAAGAGGCCAUGGAGAUGGUUUUGAAAAUUGGAGAAGAAUUGGGUGUAUUAUCUACAGUGCACAUUAAUUAUUUGGAUAAGUCCAAAAGCACUCCUCUCCAUCUGGCUGUACGUGGAGGCAACAUCGAGGUGAUAAAACUCUGCAUCUUGAAAGGAGCCAAAGUAGAACAACAUCAGAGUGGCAAAUGCACGGCCCUCCACUUUGCCUGCAGUCAGGGUUCUCUGGAGGCUGUCAAAAUCAUGCUUUCCUCUUACAACAGAACAGAAGAUAUCGUUAACAUCCGGGAUGGAGCCAAUCGGACCCCUUUGCAUAGAGCCACGCUGUUUGAUCACGUUGAGUUGGCUGAAUAUCUUAUUUCAAAGGGAGCAGAAAUUGACUCUAUUGACUGUAAGGGACUGUCUCCGCUUCUGCUCGCCUCCAGCUGCAGCGCUUGGAAAACAGUUGCAUAUCUGUUGUCAAUUGGUGCAGAUUUUAAAAUCAAAGACAAAACAGGUCGCAACUUCCUCCACUUUGUCAUUCUUCAACCCAAAGGCCUGAAAAAUCUUCCUGAGACUGUUUUGCAGAGCACUGCUGUGAAGGAGAUGUUGUCUGAUGAGGAUGUUGAAGGCUGCACUCCUCUGCACUACGCCUGCAAACUUGGCAUCCACGAUUCGGUCAAAAAUAUGCUGGGUCUCAAUAUCUGCUUGGGUCAAAAGUCACGGGAGAAGAAAUCAGCGCUUCACUUUGCUGCAGAAUAUGGGCGUAUAAAUACAUGCCACCGGCUGCUGGAGAGCCUCACUGACUCUAAAAUGCUGAAUGAUUGGGAUGAAAAGGGUCUGACCCCCCUCCAUCUUGCUUCAAGGGCAGGACAUGCUCAAGUAGUGGAUCUACUGCUUAGGAAGGGAGCGCUGUUUCAAAGUGAUUACAAGGGCUGGACCUGUUUACAUCAUGCAGCUGCUGAAGGAUACACACAGACGAUGAAAAUCCUGCUGGCAGCCAAUGUGAAACUAUUGGACGAAAAAAAUGAAGAUGGGAACACAGCCCUUCAUAUCGCAGCACAAGCUGGACAUGUAGGUGCUGUUUUGCUGUUAUUGGACAGAGGAGCUGAAAUCAUUCUCAACGAUGCAGACAACUCUUUUUUGCAUGAAGCUGUGCGGAAUGAGAGAAAAGAUGUAGUGAACGCCACCAUUGAACAUGAGCGGUGUGACGAGUCAAUGUCGUCAUUCAAAGCGAAAUCCCGCUGUGUUGUGCUGGACAUCAUAGAGUUCCUCCCAGAAUCUUUUCAGCACCUUUUGGACCAGUGUAUUACAGAAUCUGAUCAUGAUGCCAAUAGUCCGGAUUAUCAUAUCAUGUACAACUUUCAGUGGCUUCAGGCUCCCAUACAGCUGAAGAAAUAUGCUAAAACAGACAAAACAAAGGCAUUUCAACCACUGGCAGCAUUGAACGCUAUGGUGCGGUAUAACCGUCUGGAGCUCCUCAUUCACCCCUUGAGCCGAAAAUACCUGGAGAUGAAGUGGACGGCAUACGGAAGCAAAGUUCAUUUCCUAAACUUGGCGAUAUACCUGCUUGGAUUGUUGCCCCUCACAUACCUCAUUCUCAAUCUGAGACCCAGCCAGGACUUCUCCAAAGGCAAUGGCACAUCUGUCAUCAUGGUGCCCGUAUCUUUUAGCGAGCAACAAUAUUUAAUCUCCGUGUGUAUAAUCAUGGUGAUUGUCAUGAAUGUGUAUUCGAUUUGCAAAGAGGUGGUACAGUUGGUUCAGCAGCGAGUAAAUUACUUCACAGAUUUCUCAAACCCUGCUGACUGGAGUGCAGCUAUUAGCGCUUUGGUUUUUGUCGUACCCAUGUGCUGCAGUGUGGAGGCCACAUGGCAAUGGGAAGCUGGAGCUUAUGCUAUUCUGACGUCAUGGAUCGGCUUUCUGCUUUACUUCCAGAGAUUUGAGCGGAUUGGGAUUUACGUGGUGAUGUUUAAUGGAAUCGUACGGACUCUGGUGUGCAUCAUGGUUCUUUUUGUCUUCCUUUUGCUGGCUUUCGGCUUGGCCUUCUACGCUCUGAUGCUCCACCGGCCAGAGUUCAGUUCCAUCAGCCUAGCAAUAGCUCAAACGUUUGUGAUGACAGUGGGAGAGCUGAACUACCAGAGCACAUUUCUUCACUCCUAUGAAGAAGGCCACAUGGCUUUCCCUGCCAUCACUUAUUUAGUUUUUGUGUUUUUUGUGCUUCUCAUGCCCAUUCUUCUCAUGAACCUAAUGAUUGGUUUGGCUGUAGGAGACAUUGCAGAGGUACAGAGAAACGCAGAGCUGAAGAGGAUUGCUAUGCAGAUAGAUCUUCACACUGCCCUUGAGGAGAAACUACCUUACUGGUUCCUGAAGCGAGUGGACAAACCUUCUACCGUUGUGUAUCCCAAUAAAUGCAAGAAAGUGCUUCUGGAGGCCUUGAUGGAUGGUGAGAUUCAGAACACAGUUCGUACUCGUCUGAACCUGUGCUCACGGAAGGAAGGGCUUCUGGAGAGAGAGCUGCACAAACAGAAGAACAGAUUGAAAGAAAUGUCGUGCAUGCUGGAGAAACAGCAUAACCUGUUAAAGCUGAUAAUCCAGAAGAUGGAAAUCACGUCUGAAGCUGAUGAAUAUGAUGGUCCACAGAAUCCUGGAGCUCUAAAACAGCCCACCUUAUCCACCUCACAGAAGUCGAAGUGGGUCCCAUUACUACAAGCAAUCAAGGCCAAGAAGUGACAUCACAAUGUACACAAGCCAUACUCAGUCCUCAGUUGAGGGCAUUAAAUUGUGAUUUGAUAUGUUAGUUAUAGUUUAUAGUUUAGUGUAGUUUUUCCUCCCAUCUUAUGAACUGUAAAUGUAUAAUAAUAGUAUCAUAAUGUAGUUUAGAAGGUAUAGCUAUUAACAUAUUAUGAACAGUGAUGGGUAAUACCAGAGUAUGGAUUAUGUAAUAAAACAUUAAGUACUUGUAAUUAUACUAAAAUGACCAAAUUGAUUAGUUCCUCUUUUUUAUUCAAUUGAUUACAUAUUAUUCACACAAUGGUGGUAAAAUACUCAUAACUCCUCAAUCAGCCCUAUUUUCUAAUUUAUGUCUAAAAAAAUAAUUGGUAUUCAUUUAAUGUCGGGAUUAAACUUUUUUUGGCAGAUAGUCC